AUCUCUUAUUAUUAAUUUCCUCAUCCCCUUCGGUAUCGGUCUAUGUUUCUUACCUCUUUCUUCUUAUAGUUCUUCUAUGUCAUUGCAAUUGUUACUCCUUGUAAUUCUGUUAAGUAAGGGCAAUACUACAAGUGAGUUUACUUGUGUGCGAAUUGAUUAUUUUAAGUUUGUUACAUUGGUGCUUUCGUCCAUACGUCUCUAAUGUUGGACCAAAAAGUACUCCAGGCUUUCGUCGAUGACUCAAUUCGUGAUUCAAUCAGAAAAUGAAGAUUCACUUUCUAAGGAUUUCGCCGAUAUUCGUUUGUUCUUAAUGGAGCUAGUGGGGAAAAGGCUACAACGUCCAUUCCACCCCGGGAUCCAGCAAUCCGCAGUCCGGCAAUACCUACUCUUCAUGACAACCCAGUUUCAGUGGAAUUAAGGCGGUUCCGUGGUGGAAAUCUGGAGGCUUAGGUUUUAGAGGAGGGGAGAUAUUUUGAAUUUUACUCCAUUGCCGACGAAUUUAAACUCUUAUUAGCAUCAUCUUACUUGGAUGGCGAAGCUUUAGCAUGGUUCCAGUUGCUAUAUCGGAACAAAUAAUUCGUCGACUGGAAGCAUUUUACGGAGAAACUGAAGUUGCAUUAUCGCAAAUGGAUUCCCCCUGCUUCAAUAGGGUGUUCAACUGAUUUCCAAUUUUACUCUAAUUGUUCGGAAACAUUAGCACUACCAGAGACCUAUCUGCGUGCCACGACACAGAUGCAAAUACGCAUACCUCUCUCUUUGCAGCUAAUUUGGACAAUAAUCACUCACCUAAGAUUUUCGACAAAAUGUUACAUAGUUGCUUUCCCAAAGUAAUCGUCGAGGCGCAAUCAGGUGCUCCAAUCAACGAUGAAGAAGCUACAGAGAGCGAUACCCAAUGGUUGGCUAAAAGUACUCAACGAGAUACUGCCGAACAACUCAGUCACUUUGCAGCUAUGAUUUUGGUUCCUUUUGCUAGCUUGGUCCCAUGUGAUAAGUUUCCUAUUGGUCUAACACGUGUUGUACCUGUUAAUGUCAAUUUGGACUAUGGUCAUAUGCUUGAUACUUGUUAUUACUGCCAUACGAAGGCUUGUGCUUCUCUCUACUAUGCGUCUGAAGCAAUAAUAUGGACUAUCCCAUUUUGUAGUUGUGUGGACAAUUGGUUCGACACAGGGCAAUAUUUUGGGGCUGCUUCAUAUGUUCUUUUAACUGUUGAAUCUGCAGAUUUAAAACAAAUUGAGGGAUUCGCUCCAUUUAUCACCCAAACAGAGUUAGGCAGUGAAUGUGGCGAGAGUGUAGAUUUUUUCAGUUUCUUAGUAGAUCAACUAUCUGUAUCCUUGGUGCCUGCUGAUUUUUGGGAUGUCGCCACACAUAAAAGCGUGAACAAUGGAGUGAAAUUAUUUGUAUGCCAAGUUUUGGGAGGUACACAAAUUUCUGUAGUGCCACAUGAACAUUUGGAACGAGAUAUGCCAACGAGAGAAGGAGACCGCCAUUAUGACGUGUGUAGUGCAUUAUGUAAAGUACUUCUUGAAGAUGAGAAUGGAAGUUCUACUGGGGAAUUCAAUGAUCAAUGUAUUUUGGGUCAAUUUCCAUUUAAUCCUGCUGCUAAAUUCCUUAUAGUAACCAUUUACGCAACUGCGUCGGGUCUUAGUGUAUGGGAUCCUGGAAUAAGUUUCGUGUUCUUGGAUCUAACCGAUUCUGUAGAGUACGUGGCGGUCUUACCAUUGCUGGAAUGUAUUAGCAGUUUGUGCUUCAUCGCAUAUUCCAACUCUAAGACUAAAGUGUGGGAUCCCGGACAACUAUGGUUUGUGAAAUCAUACAAUUUGCAAUCUCCUUUCGCAUUGUCUGUUACUACUUUACCAAGUUUAGGUCACUUCUAUAUUGCUGAUUGGAUUUGUGUGUGGUCUCAAGCACCCCUGGCCAUUGCUUUACCUGGUAGCUAUUCUUAUGCUGACGCAAACCAAAGUUUUCUUCUCUGUUCACCAAAGAUAGCCUUCUUACCUCUUGUAACUAAUUCUUCUGGAGAAUUAAUUUUGGCCAAGGAUGACAUUGAGUUGUUAAGAAACAUCAACUGCAAGAGUACACGAGUUGCUAUACUUGGGGAUAUGCUUGAACUCGGUCCAACAGAAUACAUGUAUAAUGAGUUGAUGUUACAGUUAUGUUGUGAUGCCCAUCUUAAUGUAGUUGCACUUGUUGGAACGAGGUUUUUCACUGCAGUUGAGAAUAUAAAUUGUGCCGACGAGAUAAAACUGGUAUGCACCAAUGAUGCUCACUGCAUGGCUUCUGAAAUUAUCAAUUAUCUAAUUAAUGGUGAUGGCAUCCAUGUCCAAGGCAGUAGUCAAAGGCAAUUGGGAGUGACUUUGGCUUUUGUCAACUUUAUAUUUCCUAUAGAACUAUGUCGUGCAAUAGUGAGAAAGAAUAAGUCAACUGAAUCAUCGCUAUUGAGUUCGAGUCUUUGGAAAAUGAGUGAAAUAUGUGCAUCCACUCUUGGCGGUGAUUAUAUGUCAAGUUUACACCAGGUUUCUCUCCUUCUAUCAGGAUGUAUAUGCAACAAUAUUUUAUUUGGGGAAAACUGUGAUCCAAAGUUCUAUUGGAAGGCACUACUAAAUAAGUUCUUUACCUCCAAUCUGUCCUUGAUGUUGCUGAAAGUUGCUAUGAUCCUAUGUGGACAAGGAGCCAUGUUACAAAACCCCAUGAUUAUCAUUCUUCUUAAAGCCAUCACUACUCUUGCUACUGGUUUGGAAAGAAUUGGCCAAGAAGCUCAAGUCAAGUGUGACUCUCUCCCUGCCAAGAUUCUAACUUGUUGUCUUCGGAUUUGUGGUGACAUGGAACUAAAGGUUGUCAAUACUACAGUGGCCACCAUCUCUUGUCCCGUUGACAAAGUUGUGAUAGUUCACAUAUUCUCGUUCUAUUUCCCAGAACACUUUUGUCUAGAGACAUUUGGCGGAGAGUGCGUUGCUAAUACUAUUCUUGGCUCGAACCUUGAGGACAAGGUUCUUUUUUAGGGCGGGAGUAUUGUUGUGAACCAAGCUAAUUCCGUAAGAGCCUAUGGGCUAGAAGAAGUGAAUAAGGUUGAGUCAAUUGGGAUUACUGGGCUGAGUAAAAUAUUGGAGAGUUUUAUUUGGGAUCCAGGCCAAUUAGCAAAUGGUUAAAAAGGGACAAGAGGUUAGUGACAAGGAUCAUGCGAAUUGUGAUGUUGAAUAUGUUCUCUCUCAUCUCUGCUCUGUAUCACUGAUUUCCUCGUCCCCUUCGGUAUCGGUCUUUGUUUCUCACCUCUUUCUUCUUAUCAGUUCUUUUAUGUCAUUUCAAUUGCUAUUCCUUGUAAUUCUGUUUAGUAAGGGCAAUACUACAAGUGAGUUUACUUGUGUGCGAA